UCUUAUGUUGAGGAACUUGAGACCUUACACAAACUCUUCACCUUCCUCGAAGAGUCUACAUCGUCCUACCUGAACAAAUUUACGAAAUACAUUGUAAAACAGCUUCCGUGGACCUUCUACAUGCUUGGUACCGAAACGGACGUAAUGAACGUCUUCUCAACGAAACAGUGGAAAGGGACGCUCGACCUGAAACGGGAAUUUCAAAAGUCAAUCGUCUUAUUACAUGGUUUUGGUGAACAUAGAACUGGGAAAACUACGCUGACAAAGAUUGCAUCAAAUGAAGUUGGACGUGGAGUUAUAUACGUUAAUGUUCCAGAAAACCUUGAUUUCACAUUCGAGGAACAGAUCUCUUUUACAGGACAACUUGCACAAAAAAAUCUUAGGUACAAUUAA